AUGAACGGCAAUCAUUUCCCUACCUUUGAGAACCGCACUGCCUGGCUGGCUGACGCCAUGAGAAUCCUCGACCAGGUCUUCCUUCAUUCAGACCUAGGACGGGAUUUCAUUAAGCGCGUGGCGGUCUUACGUGACCGCGUCCAGUCUUGCGCCGCCCGGCAUGACUCCGAGGUCGACAAAGAGAUAGCGAUACACCGAGACGCCAUAUACCUACAGCACGAUGUCCACAGGGCCACCAACUAUCACAACUUCAUCCACCGGCUCGAGGAGGCCGACACCCUGAACCUCGUCGCGUGCUACCUGCCAGAGAGUUCGUGGGUCCAAGACAUGCUCCGUAAGCCCGGCUUUAUCGUUGAUUGCUAUCUCUGCCGUGAGUGGGCGACCGGCCACGACCAGGCCAGAGACUGCGGGUUCCCCACGAUGCUUCCCGUCGUGUUCCUCCGACACUUUACGGACGAGCGCCGGGACUUUUGCCAGUGGCUCCAGAAGCUGGUGGCCGGCUUGGCCAUGCUCCCACAGCCCCCGACGCCGAUGGACGGCUAUAUCGCCCGCGUGGCCGAGUACAGCCGAGCGCACAGCCACGGCGAAAACGUCUGGACGUACGAACGCAUCUUUGAAACCAUGAAAGAGGCCAAGUUCCGAGCUGAGGGGCGCCAGAUCAACUACCGGCAGUUCCUGUGGACGGGCUGGGGGGACACGCUCGGGAGGAUCAGGCACGACUGGGCCACGGCCGCGACGCGCGUCCGCGGCUUCCUGGCACCCGACCGAUCUGAAGAGCUCGUGAAGGCGAUCCGAAACGACGCGGGGACGUACUACGUGCGGUCGCUCAGGCUCACCGGGGACCAGCAGUGCGUCGACCAGCAGCCCAGACAGUGGGUGCUCGAAUGGCUGCGGCACUACCGCUCCGCGUCCAAGCCGCGGUUCAAGCGCUGGAGGAGGAUCCUGACUAUUGAUCGCGUGUGGCCGCUGUUCUACGUCGUCAAGAGCCUCGACAUGUUUGUCAAGAUACGGUUCCGCGAGACCGGCCGCGGGUGCUGGGAGUACAGGUGGAUCGGCAGGCUCGACACUCCCGGGUCGGAACUGUGGACGCUCGUCCGUUCCAACGUGUGGGACGAACAGGCCAGGCGCACGGCUGCCGAGUGGAGUGAGGAGCCGGAACGGGGGAGCGGACACGAGGGUGGGGAGAGCGAGGCGAGCCGCGGGCGUGUCAACGAGGGCCAGGAUAACGACUCUUGA